CUCUAUCUGUGGGUUCCACAUGCAAGUUUAGAAUUUGAUUUUAGCCAGAUUCUGGAAAGAUUCCGGUGAAGGGUAUUUGAACUUGAUUCUCAUCAUUGAAAGCUCCAUACAAUCUGGUUGAGGCCUUUUGCAAUCAUGGCGGGAAUGACACCAGAAGGAUCACAGUUUGAUGGUCGUCAGUAUGAUUCUAAGAUGAAUGAGCUUCAUGCUGAUGUAGAGUUCUAUGCACAAUACGAUGAGGUUUAUGAUUCUUUUGAUUCAAUGAAGCUGAAAGAGAACCUUCUGAGGGGCAUCUAUGCAUAUGGGUUUGAGAAGCCAUCUGCAAUUCAGCAGAGGGGAAUUGUUCCCUUUUGCAAGGGCCUCGAUGUGAUUCAACAAGCCCAGUCUGGUACUGGGAAGACAGCAACUUUCUGUUCUGGUAUUCUGCAACAGCUUGAUUACGACUUAUUGGAGUGCCAGGCUUUGGUUCUUGCCCCAACUCGUGAAUUGGCGCAGCAGAUUGAGAAGGUCAUGUGGGCACUUGGUGACUAUUUGAGCGUCAAAGUCCAUGCUUGUGUUGGUGGAACUAGUGUGCGGGAGGACCAACGCAUUCUCUCCAGUGGGGUCCAUGUUGUCGUUGGGACCCCUGGCCGUGUCUAUGACAUGCUUCGAAGACAGUCCCUUCGACCAGAAUGCAUCAAGAUGUUCGUGUUGGAUGAAGCUGAUGAAAUGCUCUCCCGGGGCUUCAAGGACCAGAUCUAUGAUAUCUUCCAACUCCUGCCCCCAAAGAUACAAGUCGGUGUUUUCUCUGCCACCAUGCCCCCCGAGGCCCUUGAGAUCACCCGCAAGUUCAUGAACAAGCCAGUGCGCAUCCUUGUAAAGCGUGAUGAGCUCACCCUCGAGGGUAUCAAGCAGUUCUAUGUCAAUGUCAACCGUGAAGAUUUCAAGCUCGACACCCUGUGCGAUCUCUAUGAGACCCUUGCCAUUACCCAGAGUGUUAUAUUUGUCAACACCCGUCGCAAGGUUGACUGGCUCACUGACAAGUUGCGAAGCCGAGACCACACUGUCUCUGCCACCCAUGGUGAUAUGGACCAAAACACCCGUGACAUUAUCAUGCGGGAGUUCAGGUCGGGCUCCUCUCGUGUCCUUAUCACCACUGAUCUCUUGGCUCGAGGUAUUGAUGUUCAACAGGUGUCCCUUGUUAUCAACUAUGACCUUCCAACUCAGCCUGAGAACUACCUUCACCGCAUCGGUAGGAGUGGUCGGUUUGGGAGAAAGGGAGUUGCCAUUAACUUCGUGACUGGUGAAGAUGAAAGAAUGCUGACGGAUAUUCAGAGGUUCUAUAAUGUGGUUGUCGAGGAGCUCCCUUCGAAUGUUGCCGACCUCCUCUGAGCUCGCCGACCUCCUCUGAGCUCGAACUACUUAUCUUGGGUUUUCUUACUCUUCUGGUAUAGUAGUAGAUUUCAAUUCUCAUGUUCAUUUUUUCAUAUAGCACUUAAGGUUGUGUUUUUCCUAGUUAUAGCUUGAGUAUUUUGGGAAAUGGGACUUCGUGAUGGAGUCUACCCCACUGCUCUUUUUCGAGAUUUUGGGUAUAAGGACUUGGGUUUCACUCUGUCUGAAUUUUUGUUUAAACAGUCAAGGUUUUGUGUUCUUGACUGAUUUUGAGGUAAAGGAAAGGCUGUCUUGUUGGGCCGCUUAUGUUUCUCUCUUCGGCAUGCAACUGUAAAUGGAAGGUGCAGAUAAAGAAACGAGUGGGUGUUCUGCUGAUUCCUUUCAAUGUC